GUUUAAUCUGAUUAUAUGAACAGCUUGUCUCUACAGGAGCUCAGUGUUUCACGCACAGACCGAGAGCAAUCGUCUGGAAAAAUGACCUCUGCAAAAGAUGAUUUAUACCCAAGAAAAAUUCUGGAUUACAUGGAGGGCUUCAUGGUGUCAAAGACUCUGUUUGCUGCGUGUGAGUUGGGAGUAUUUGAGCAGCUGCAUGCGUCUGCGCAGCCGUUGUCUUCUGCAGAUCUUGCGCAGGCUCUUGGUUUGAGCAGUGAUGCUACUGAACGACUUCUGUCAGCUUGUGUGGGUCUGGAGCUUCUGAACACACAAACAAAUCCUGCUGGUGAAGUUGUUUACAGUAACACAGAAAUGUCGACAGUAUUUCUGACAGAAUCCAGUCCAAGAUCUCUGUAUCACUCAAUCCAGUACAGUUCCAGAACAAUCUACCUGUGCUGGCAUUACCUGACUGAUGCCAUCCGAGAAGGAAACAAUCAAUAUGAGAAAGCGUUUGGUAUAAACUCAAAAGAUCUCUUUCAAGCUUUAUACAGGUCUGAUGAUGAGAUGGUAAAGUUCAUGCAUCUGAUGAACUCCAUCUGGAACAUCUGUGGUCAUGAUGUCAUUACAGCGUUUGAUCUCUCACCAUUCAGAUGCAUCUGUGACCUCGGAGGCUGUAGUGGAGCUUUGGCCAAACAGUGUCUGUCUCUCUAUCCUCAAUCAUCUCUCAUCAUCUUUGACCUUCCUAAAGUUAUUCAAACAUCACGACAACACUUUGUGUCAGAGCCACAUGAGCGCAUCUCCUUCUGUGAAGGAGAUUUUUUUAAAGACGCUCUUCCCCCUGCCGAUCUUUACAUCCUCGCUCGCAUUCUUCAUGACUGGACAGAUCAGAGGAGUAUAGAGCUGCUCACUAAAGUACACCAGUCCUGUACAUCAGGUGGAGGUGUGUUACUGAUUGAAUCUUUAUUAUAUGAAGACAACAGUGGUCCUCUGACCGGUCAGCUUUAUUCACUCAAUAUGUUAGUUCAGACUGAAGGUCGAGAGCGUAAGGGUUCAGAUUACAGCCGACUGCUCACUACAGCCGGCUUCACCUGCGUCCAGAUCCACAGAACCGACAAACUUUAUGAUGUCAUCCUGGCACGAAAAUAAACAUAUUAGCAGGACUUACCACUCAUAA